AUGGACCUGAUGGGAUCACACCGCAUGAUCAACCACAGCGACAGCGAGUCCAUUGGUUCCAGGAUCGAGAGCUCCUCGGGCUUCGGGGACGAGAGCUCUUCCGCGUUGAGCCACGAAGUCCUCCCAUGGCACGGGCAGUCCGUGGUUGCUGGACAGCCCGCAGAAGGCCCUCAUGUUUUUCUUGCGGAUAGCGCGAGCAAUGGAGACAGCAGCGUGCAAGAGAGUGGAUUCGAGGAGAGCUCGGUCCAGAGUUCGGCUCUGGACAACCAGGGUAGUCCGCCAUUGUGCGAGCGGGACGGCUGCGUCAUGCAGAUCUCCGACCUCUUUCCGGACAUCGGGGGACGCCAUUGCUCGCUAGCGCCAAACUCGACCAGGCUUUCCUGGACCCAGGAUUGGCGCCCAUGCUCUCUUGGUCUGUCCUGGAGAUCGCACGCACCAAUCUUGGGCUCAGGAUUGGCAGGGCCAGGUCUUGUGUGUAGCCAGCACCCGCCUAGGAUAUCCUCCGCUUGA